ACGACGACGAGAAAAAAACACUUCCUUUUUUUUUGUGCACAAUUUCCGUUUAUUUAUAGACAGACGCACAGUUUUUUUUUUAGAAACCCCCCCACCCCCGAAAGUGCACCGGGCCCGCGGUGACGAACCGUCGCAUAAUAAGAGGGAAUUUUAUAAGUAAUGUCGAAUCCCGGCGCUCGACGGAACGGGUCAAGCAUUAAAAUCCGGCUGACAGUUUUGUGCGCAAAAAAUCUGGCUAAGAAAGAUUUCUUCAGAUUACCUGACCCUUUCGCCAAAAUUAUUGUAGAUGGUUCAGGACAGUGUCACUCAACAGACACUGUGAAAAAUACACUUGAUCCAAAAUGGAACCAACACUAUGAUCUAUACAUUGGAAAGUCAGAUUCAAUUACUAUAAGUAUAUGGAAUCACAAGAAAAUCCAUAAAAAACAGGGAGCUGGCUUCCUGGGCUGUGUUCGGCUGCUAUCAAAUGCCAUCAGUAGGCUAAAGGACACUGGCUACCAGCGGUUAGAUCUAUGCAAACUGAAUCCCACUGACAGUGAUACAAUACGAGGACAAAUAGUAGUAAGUUUACAAACUCGAGACCGAAUAGGAACUGGUGGUCCUGUUGUUGACUGCAGAGGACUACUGGACAAUGACCUACCUGAGGGGCCACUGUUUGAGGAUACGGGACCUGGAAGGCCAGUUAGCUGUUUUAUGGAGGACACCGUACCGUUUACAGAUAUAACGGGUGCUGCUGGGGGAGGAAACUGCCAAUUAAUAGAAUCUCCAAAUCAUGAACAGAGAUUGCAGUCGCAGCGAAUCCGAAAUUACGGCGUCAGAGUUCACAUGCACCAACCACAGAGCCGGCCUCAGGGUCAUCAGUCACCAGUGCUGCCGGAGGGAUAUGAGCAGCGAACGACUGUACAGGGGCAAAUUUAUUUUCUGCACACACAGACUGGGGUCAGCACCUGGCAUGAUCCUCGAAUUCCAAGAGAUCUUACAAAUUUUAACUAUGAGGAGCUGGGUCCUUUGCCUCCCGGGUGGGAAAUUCGCAGCACGGUGUCGGGAAGAAUAUAUUUUGUGGAUCACAACAAUCGAACAACACAGUUUACAGACCCUAGACUGCACCAUAUAAUGAACAAUCCAACUCAAUUAAAGGAAUCAAACCAGCCACUGCAAGUGCAAGCAGACGUACCUGUGGACGAGAAUGAGGGAGAGUGGUCUGUGCCACGGUGCGAGCGAGAUCUUGUACAGAAACUGAAAGUCUUGCGGCAUGAGCUUGCAUUGCAACAGCCACAAGCAGGGCAUUGUCGUAUUGAGGUCUCCAGAGAUGAAAUCUUUGAGGAAUCAUACCGACAAGUAAUGAAAAUGAGACCAAAAGACUUGAAGAAGCGAUUGAUGGUUAAGUUUAGAGGUGAAGAAGGUUUGGAUUAUGGUGGAGUAGCCAGGGAGUGGUUAUAUUUGCUGUGUCAUGAAAUGUUGAAUCCUUAUUAUGGACUAUUUCAGUAUUCAACAGAUAAUAUCUACACACUGCAGAUCAAUCCAGAUUCCGCGAUUAACCCUGAACACUUAUCUUACUUUCAUUUUGUGGGUCGGAUAAUGGGAUUGGCUGUGUUCCACGGACAUUACAUUAAUGGGGGCUUCACACUACCAUUUUACAAACAGCUGUUGGGUAAACCUAUCCAGCUAUCAGACUUGGAAUCUGUGGACCCAGAAUUGCACAAGAGCCUGAUUUGGAUCCUUGAAAACGACAUCACACCUGUACUGGACCAUACUUUUUGUGUUGAGCAUAACUGUUUUGGUCGGAUUAUUCAACAAGAGCUGAAACCAAAUGGCAGAAAUGUACCUGUAACAGAGGAGAAUAAGCGAGAGUAUGUCAGGCUGUAUGUGAACUGGCGGUUUAUGAGAGGAAUUGAGGCUCAGUUUCUGGCUCUGCAAAAGGGUUUUAAUGAGCUUAUUCCACAACAUCUACUUAAACCCUUUGAUCAGAAGGAGAUUGAGCUGAUUAUUGGCGGUUUGGGGAAGAUUGACAUAAAUGACUGGAAAGCUAACACACGGCUGAAGCAUUGUGUGUCUGACACCAAUAUUGUGAAGUGGUUCUGGCAAGCAGUGGAGUCGUUCGAUGAGGAGAGGAGAGCACGACUUCUUCAGUUUGUGACCGGUUCUUCCCGGGUACCUCUACAGGGAUUCAAGGCAUUACAAGGUUCUACAGGUGCUGCAGGCCCAAGACUUUUCACCAUUCACCUGAUUGAUGCCAACACAGACAACCUUCCCAAAGCACAUACCUGCUUUAACCGUAUAGACAUUCCUCCUUAUGAGUCCUAUGAGAAGCUUUAUGAGAAGCUAUUAACAGCAGUUGAGGAGACUUGUGGGUUUGCAGUGGAGUGAAGGAAAUGGAUUUUUGCUUUCAAACUGUUGAGAAGAACACUACAGAGGGAAAGCCCUUUUGCUUUCUUGUUGAGCAGCAAACUGUGUGACCAAGCAGAACUCUCACGAUAUGCUGGCAUACCAUGGGUUUGGUGACUCGCAAGUGAUGCAACAAUGAUGGAGUCAAAAGCAGGAAGAAGAUUGGGAUUGAAAGGAGAAGCUGCAGCAGACCAGGAAGCUCGCAGUCCUGAGCAGAUACUGCGUCUGUAAGACAGAACAAAUGGACCUGUUUUAGUUGUAUUAUAUAUUUUAAGUUGCGUGCUUAAAACUUUAUUUCAAAGACUUACUUUGCACAGUGAAAGUUGACCGAUCCUUGCACAUUUUCUCCUCUCCUGUUUCCUGUAUUCUAUCCCCUCCCCUUAAAUAAGUGGUCCCAUAAAGACUUUUUCAUUCUCACAAAAGUGGAAACUGUCAUUUAGAAAUUACUGGGUGCUGAAGAAAAAUUAGCUCUGUUUAUAGCUACAGUAUCCCUUUUUUAGCACAAGCAGUCAAUAUGCUUGCUAGAGUGUUUUAACCAAGUCAAAUUAUAAUUUUUAAUCUAUUUUGUUAAAAGAAUUAUAUUUCUCAUCAAUGUGCUAACAAACUGUUUUAAAAAAAAAAUCACAACUAUUUAAAAAAGUACUAAACAUUUUUUCUCUAAGGAGAGGAAUCCUUUGAGGACUACAGCAGCUUUUUGGCUCUAAAAUCAAAAAUGUAUUGCAUUAAAAAUGUUAGAUUAUUCAAAGACAUUUUAAACUAAGAAAUUGUCAAGUUCUGUGUAUUCUUGAAAUUCCAUUUCAUCAUAAUCCUCAUCAGAAUAUCAGUUUUGCGGAUCUUGUAUGAAAGUAAAGAGCUAUUUAUAUUGAAGGCUGAAAGUAUCUUUCAAUACUCAAAGGAUGAAUAAAGAGAUGUUAUCCUCAGAGGAGUUAAAGUAAGAAAAAUCUAAUUGGUACUGUUUUCUAGCCAAGUGUGUGCAUUGUUUGUGAAGAUGAUCUGCCUUUACACCUGACAGCCUGAUUUUAUGUUAAGGUACAAAAGAGGGGGUUGAACAUCGGCAGCUUUGUUGAGUUACUGUAAAAGCAAGUCUGAAAUUGGUUAUGUCUGUAAACUUGACUUAGCCAGUGGGGUGAUUGAUGCUGGUACCAGUGAAUUAGGCAUUUAACCUGAUCUUAAAUUCUAAAAUCUUUGCACCCUGGAACACUUGUAGGAAUGUUCUGAACGAAUGGCUGCACCUUUUACAAAUGCUGCAAGUUUUGUCCUGUUUCCUUUGUUUCUGGUAUAAAUACAUGUGUAUUUUGAAAGAGAUUAUAUUCAAAAUGUUUUUUUCCUAUCAUUAUGAUCUUUAAAUAGACACAUUUCUGAAGCUGAUGGGGUUGGUGGUAGUGGGGGGAAGGAACCAUCAUUUCCUCCAGUGAUCUUGUACUUUUCCUCUUUAAAGAAACGAUCUGAUCUCCCUUUUGUUGGACAAUAUCCAAAGCGUUUCAAGAAUUGACCCGAGUCCUAAAUCAAGCCAGGUUGAUGACGACUGAUUUAUGUGGUUAUAGUAGAUAUUUGUUUCCAGACAUUUUAAAGCUGCCUGAAAUGUGGACCUCUAACACGUUUGUUUUCAUUCGACCACUGUUUGGUUUUGAAAUGCAAGGAUCAUAAUCAUGGAAAAGUUAAAUCUAUACACUAGUGCCCUUUUUUUAGACUAAUCUUCUCUGAAAACAUUGUGGUCUUUGUUUUUAAUUCAAAUGUGGUUUUAAAAACACAAGAUUUUUAUAGUCACAGUUUUUCUAAUAUAAUUCUGGAGUAAACUGAAUGUCUGAUUGUUGUCCAAAAUAUUAACUUUGAAUUCAGUGAGACCAUUCUAAAGGAGUGUUGUGCAAAUUCAGAAGAAAUGAGAAUUGUACAGCGUCUCUUUACAGAUCCAGAGUUCACAUUUUACAAUUUAAAAUCAAGCUGCCAUGUAUUGAUUUAUUUCCCUGGAUCUAAACUUCAGGUCUACUUGUUAAAGCAUUAUGGAAAUGGUGCAGUAUCAGGUAAUGCUCACAUCAGCUGUGUGGAAAGAGUUUGCAGAGCAUUUACCAUCAUAAUCGUGCACAGAGUUGGUAGAAGGGUUUUAAUAAUCUCAGAUUGCGAAACCAUCUAUGGCUGCAGUUGGUACAGGAAACUAAGAUACUGUGCUAUUCUAAAGUUCAUAUAUUUUAAAUAUGUGUUCUUCCUCUUGCAUUAAUCAGAAUAGAUCAACUGAAACAAGAUUGGUAAACCCUUAACCGAAUUUUAAGUUGGAUAAACAAUGCAUUGUUUGAUUGGGCUAUUGAAUCGCAUAAAGUUUCUUAUUUUUCUGGCUGCAGAAAUUGGUCUGUGAUCCCAAAUUUGAAAGCUACUAAAGUUACUAUGUUACUAUGUUGGUUGAAAUAAAAUGGCCAUCCAGUGGUAGAUGUAAACUUGCUGUUAAGUUUUUAAGAAAUAUUAUCAGUUCCUCAAAAACCCAGACUCAAAACAUUUCUUGACAAGACUUUUCUUUUGAGUAUUGUGAAUUUGGAGUGGUCUGAUUCAAAAGCGAUUCUGUGGAGUUACAGGGCGUUUUAUUGUAUUGUAUCACAAAUCUUGAAAGCACAUGUGAAGUCUACAUAGUCUUCCUUUCUGAUACUCACUGCAACAUCCUUGUCUGCUAAUCUAUGGUUCAGGCUGGUCAAAGGUCUAGCUUUCUUCUUGAGCUUCCCUCGUCAAAUGUAAUGUUGCAUGUGCUGUACAGAAGUGAAAUGACACACUGUUUACAGAAAAGGUUAGUUGCACAUACUAAACAUUUUAUUUAGCAGCACCAUAGUUUUAAAACCAUGGUUUUGCUUAUAUAGGCCACAGAAUUGUGUUCCUUUGGACUAUUUUCUUGGGGCAAGGGGGUCUUGCAAACCACUACAUACAAUCUGUGCCUUUCAACUAGGGAAGUUGUCUUGCCCUUCUAAAUGGAUCUAUUGUGUUUUGUAAACCCUGUAAUUAUAUGGAUUCUCUUCCCUUCGCCUGACAGAUCAAAGAUGUUUAAGAUUAACAUAAAAUGUGUUAAGUAUAACAAAUCCAUUUUGUCUUAACAAAGAACAUACCUUUUUCAAGA